AUGGUGUUCCUGAAGGUUGUGUCAGUCGGGCUGGCCAAUGUGUCGGACCAUACACAAAGCGGCCAAAUUGCGGUUGACGGCUCAUCGUACGCGGACACGCGAUCGGAUAGCGACCCCUACGUGCGCUGGUCUCUCGGAAAAGAGACCCUCGCCGAGACAAACUUCCUCCGUAAUGUGCUGGGAAGGCGUGGCCGCACGCAGACGUCCACGCAGAACCCAGCGUGGGACUCAGAGUACCUUGCUAAUUUACCACAUGGAGUCGGCGCCAGCAUGACGCUGACUGUCAGCGUGUGGGACUCUGAUCGCGGCCAGGACGACCCACUUGGCUCUGCAACCUUUGAGCUUCAAUUGGAAAACGGGGUGCGCACAAUGACGCUUCCGCUCGAGCACGUGCCCGGUGGACGCGAGUCAACAGUCACAUUCACGUCGAGAGUCGAGCUGCCGCUCCGCCCGUCGCCCGAGCCCGAAGCCGAGGCCGUGACCGAGGCCGUGACCGCUGGCCCAGUCACGAGGAAGGAGAUCCGAAUGAUGAGCCCUGAAGAGCAACAGCGGUAUGCGGCGGCUGUCAAGAAGAUGAUGGAGAACACGAGCGGGCCGGAGAGCUCCGAAUUCUUCCGCCUGGCGGGAUACCACGGCUGGCCCGGCAACGGCGCCGAGCGAAACUACAGCUACUGCGAGCACCGUCAGGAGACCUUCCCGGGCUGGCACCGCGCGUACUUGAUAGCCUUUGAGCAGUCGCUGCGCGAUGCCGAUCGCGCGCUGGGCAACGACGGACACAUCGGUCUGCCGUAUUGGGACGUCCUUGCGCGGCCCGAGCUCAACGGCCAGGUCGUCCCGUCCAUUGUCAAGGAGCACUUUGGCAACGGGACCGCCGUGCCGCGCGCUCUCCUCGACGAGAGCUUACCGCCAGGCGGCGCGGCGCAUCAGCGCAAGCGGCUCUGGGAUGAGGGGUACGCCAUCGCCGACGACGCGGAUCUAAAGAGGACGAUCGAGAGCCAACGCCUCCCCGAAAAGAUUGGCGACGCGCUCUGGAUUCGCCAGCACUACCGCGCGGCCUCGACGUACGGCACCUCCAGCCGAGAUUCCGUGGAGACGCCGCAUGACCUCAUCCAUGUGCUCAGCGGCUUCCCGAUGAAGUCCCUGAUGCACGCCGCAUUUCACCCUCUCUUCUGGCUGCACCACUGCAACAUCGAUCGGCUGUAUGAGGCGUACCUGGAGAACAACCCAGAUUCCCAACGCGAAUUUGAAGCCAAUCAGGAGCGCUCGCGAUUUGUAAACCGGCGCAAGGGAACUCACGACAGAUACGAUGAGUGGCUCAAACCCUUCUACUUGCCGGGCGGCGCCCGCGGGAACAGGAAGUUCUAUCCGCGACACACGUUUGACAUUGCGCGCUACGGCGACUACGUGUACGACGCGCUGCACCUGCGCCCAGCCCAAGCCAUGACGGAACGGCCCGUGUACGCGGUCUUUGAGGACGUCGACAUCAACGCGCUGCCGUGCUCAUACACGCUCCACGCAUUCAUCUACCCUACCGGCGCCGAGGCGACGACGCCACCGCUCGGCCCCACCAUUGCGAGUAUUAUGGACGACCCCAACUAUGCGGGGCUGGGCGGCGUCUUCGCGGGUAAGGCUGAUGUCUGUACGAACUGCCAAAACUCGGAUCCGUUUGACGUGCGUAUCGACGUGUCGGCGCGGCUGAAGGCCCUCGGCCUCUCCGCGGCAGAUGCGGGUGGAGGGCCGUCCUUCGCGCCGUCGAACGACUUUGAGGACGAGGACCAUGAGGUCGAUGACACGCCCACUUUCCCGCCCGGCUCGACGGUGACGUAUGCGGUGGAGGAGGCGCCCGGCUACCUGAACCGGGGAAUGCUGCUUAACGAGGUCGCCCAGUGCUUUGCAGCGUGGGCUGGUCCUACUGCGAGUGGGCUCGAGUUUGAGCGGCUGCCCGCGGAGCGCGCCGACGACGCGCAGCUCGUUAUCGGCUGGGCCGACCACUCCAAGGUCAACCAGAAGAAGUUUGACGGACCCGGCGGCCACCUCGCAGAGGCGAACGCUUCGAGCAUCGUGUUUGACUCGGCGGAGCGAUGGCUGCUGCACGGUGUGGGCUGGGAGAAGCUCGCUCGCUCCGAGGAGCCCAAGGGUGCGCCACCCAGCUUCUACCUUGCGCCCGUCCUCCUGCACGAGAUCGGCCACACUCUCGGGCUCACGCACUCUCACACUCCGACCGAGGUGAUGGCGCCGCAUUACGCAGCUGACAAGGUCAGUCUGGCGCCUGGCGACAAGUCGCGCGCCCGCCUAGCAUACAGCGUGCCCGAACCCGACGAAAGCAAUCUAACACCACCACCGGAGCCGGCGCUUCCGGCUUGA